AUGUCUCACAAGAUGGACGGACAAGCAGACCAGUGCGCGCGCGCAGAGGGGGCGCUGCUGUGCUCUCUCUUGGCUGCGAGGAAGAAGAGGCCAGCCAAGGAAGAGAGCCUUGAGAAGGAAGAGAAGCAGCCGGAGACGUCGGAUGAUGCGCAGCCAGAGCCUGAUGAUUCCGUGCAGCUGAGUGGAUUUACUGGCGGCAGUGCAAGCUUGAACGGCACUUUCGUGCCCGACGGAAACACCGUGAACGGCAAGCAGGUUUACAGCCAGAGCCAGGGAGAUGCGGGCCUCGAGUGCAUGUGGUACCACAACGGUGCCUGGCGCAUCGGAUCCUACAACUGGUUCAACAGCAAAGAGCUAGGCCGCUGCCACGCUUACGUGAAGACCAGCGCGCAGGAUCUUGGUGACAUUGCACCUUCCGAGACCUGGAUGAGCUGCAUGGGAACGGCGGGUGGAGAUCCAGAUGUGGAUAAAGGCCUCUUCCAGCCGCAGAUGAGUGCGAAAGCGGCGAAGCUGGCACUUGACAGCCUCACACGACGCUCGACAAGCAAGAAGACGUCGCAGGUGCCGGUGGGUGGCAGCACUCGGCUGGAGAACAUUCUUGCAGACCAGUCUUGGCGACAUGACUUCGAGCUGCGCCCGAUGACGCCUCCGAGCAAGGAAAGGGCCCAGUGGCGCUCGCAGGGCAGUGAGGAGGUGGCGAACUCCGAGGCAGCUGACCUGCCCGAGCAGAGCGGCAACGCACAGGCUGUUCGAUGCUGGGCAGUCGGGGACAUCAUGCCGUCCUUUGAACGCAUCGGUUUGCGAGAGGGCGGCCACCAGUUCUUGGCGCAGACUGUAAUGCUGCUGAGCAGCAUUGCAGUCUGUGUCAGCCUGUCUGCGCUCUUCCAUCUCAACGGCAGCGUCUUCCCUUUCGCCACCAAGGUAGCUUUGCCUUGCGCGCUGGUGGCCUUCCUCUUCAAAUAUGGAGAUGUUCACGAAUGGCCAGUCCUUACUGAUAUUCUGUCGCACACGGAGAUGGAUGCCACGGUCUACAACGCAUUCUCAACUCUUCUUGGGAUACUGGUCGUUUUUCGGACUGGGCAAGCCUACGACAGAUUCUGGGAUGGGAGCACUCUGACGCAUCAGAUGCGUGGCGACUGGUUCGAUGCAGCUAGCAGCAUCAUCUCGUUCACCAGGACUUCCAAAGCAGAUGCCAAGAAACUUUGGGAGUUCCGACAGAUAGUGGUGCGCCUCUUCAGCAUGUUGCACGCGCUCAGCCUGGCCGAGCUUGAGGACGACGACGACGAAGAUGAUGACAGAUGGGCGCACCGUCUGCGCCUCAUCGACGGCACUGGUAUUGAUGUGACCUCGCUGAAAGCAUUGAAGAAAGCCGAGUGUAAAGUCGAACUCGUCUUCCAUUGGAUCCAGUCUAUAGUUGUCUGCAGCAUCGAUUGUGGGAUAAUGUCGGCGCCAUCACCCAUCCUUACGCGAGCAUACAGCGAGUUGGCGAGUGGUAUGGUCAAGUUCCACGACUGCCUCAAGAUCGCGCGGAUCGCAGUACCUUUCCCAUAUUCCCAAGCCACGCUGAUGUUACUGGUCAUCCACUGGAUCGUGACACCAUUUGUCAUGGUGCUUGGGACCCAAACUCCAGCGGUCUCCUGCGUCAUCACCUUCAUCACUGUGUUCAUUUUGUGGAGCCUGCAUUCCAUAGCAAUUGAGCUCGAGAACCCGUUUGGUGCAGAUGCCAAUGACUUGGAUGUUCAUGACAUGCAGCAUGACAUGAACAACCGCCUCUUGCUGCUCUUGGACCCGAUCUCGGCGCAGCUGCCACGCCUAUCCGGACAACAUGUUCAGGAUCAUGAAUGCUUGCUUGACAUGGAGAGGGAGCGCGUGAUGCCAGCUUUUGACGCUCUGUGGAAAAACUUGGCAACGGAAGUUGAGCAAGGUGCUGAUAUUAAGCGUGGUCGCCGCAGCCUGGUUCAGCUUCGGCGCGGCUCUUUCGUCGCCAAGAAGUCGAGCAGCCAGGUGUCGCUCACCGAGUAUCAGAAGCGUGUUCAGGAUGUCCUGAGCUCGCCGGAGAAUGCUAAAAAGCCACAGUGGCCAGGCAUUGUGGGUCGCAUCCUGUCCUCAGGUUCGAAGCGAACUGGCAGCAGAGAGGGCAGCAGAACUGGCAGCGAUGCCUCACUGCCGACUCAUGCCAAAGUGGCCAGCAAAAGCACUUUGAGUCCUUCGUCCGUGAGCGGGACUGAGGUUAUGGUGGACUGUUUGUCGAGCGGUCAGCUUGAGUCCGUCAUGGAGUCUGAUGCAGAGCACGACCAGGCUUGUGGGCCGGUCGCGUCGAACUCGCUUUCCAGACCCUCGAGCCGAGGCAAUUUCCGCUCCGAAGGAUCGUCGCCAAGGAAGGCCACCAAGUGGCAGGUGCCCCUCGACUCCGCUCUGGAGGACUCCGAAGGCCAAGGCCGCUCUGCGGUCCUGCAGCAGCCACAGGCAUGCGAGCAGCACCUGCAUAUUGCUUUACACCAUUGA